AUGGCUGCGCUGCUCAGGCACCGUUUCCCGGCUGGGGUCCUUGACAAGCGGCCCUCGUCACCCAGGUCAAGACCCAUCUCCCCCUGCCCGUCCCUGAUCGACAUAAACGAUAAGCCGACAUCGUUGCACAAGGAGGACCCGAGGGGCAGCACGCCGGAGUAUUUACAGCCCCCGUUACGCAUCCCAGUAGGGUCGUGGGACUCCCACAUGCACGUUAUCAUCCCGGAUCGUUACCCCCUGUCGUCUGCAGCCGUAUACAAACCAAGCCCCUUCACCGUCUCCCAGGCCAUCGACUUCGAGACCUCGAUAGGGGCCUCACACCUUGUCAUAGUCCAGCCUUCCAUAUACGGCAACGACAACUCGUGCCUGCUCGAUGCCCUGCGCGCCUUCGGCCCAACGCGAGCCAGGGGCGUGGUCGCCUUCGACCCGGCGGCCACCUCAUCGUCGACACUCCGGGAGUGGCACAGGCUGGGCGUGAGGGGUGUGAGGCUCAACCUGCGCUCAACGGAGCACACCAUGGACCACGCCGAGAUGGAGGCGGUGCUGCGCAGCUACGCCGACGCCGUGCGCCCGCUCAACUGGAUCAUCCAGCUCUACAUCCCGUUGGAGAUGGUUAAGAUCCUGGAGCAGGUCAUGCCCACGCUGGGCGUCAGGGUCGUCAUCGACCACAUGGGCUCACCGGACCUCUCUUCGCUGCCCAACAAGGCCUCGUCGCUGUCCUCGCGGCUGGACCCCUACAGUCUCAACGGCUUCAGCUCCCUAAUCAGGCUGCUCCAAGGUGGCGACACCUACGUCAAGCUGUCGGCGCCGUACCGCCUUGGGAAGGGCAGGGACUACAUCAGGGACGUCGACGCCGUCGCCAGGGAGCUGAUCCGUGUCGCCGGCCGGACGAGGGCUGUGUUUGCUUCGGACUGGCCCCACACCAGGUUCGAGGGGCUCGACAUCCGGCCCUGGAUCAACCACGUCCUGUCAUGGUGCGGUGGGAGCCAGCACCUGGCCGAGAGGAUCUUCCGUGAUAAUGCAGAAGAGUUGUGGGCGUGA